AUGGGUGCACAGAAGGCCUCUGCGUCUUCGAAGGACAAGUUUUCUCGAUGGUUUAAGAACAAGAAGAAGAGCCCGAGCGAGAAGAAUGUUGGUCCUCCUCGCAAGAGUAAGGGCAAAGGCAAGGGCAAAGACAAAGGCAAGGGCGGCAAAGACAAGGGCAAGGGCGCCAAAGAGAAAGGCAAGGGUGGCAAAGGCCAUCACAAAGUUCGCGAGAGCGACAAAGCUCUAAGUGGAAGACCUUCUUCAGUGAGUUUAAGUGCAGAUGGCAUUGGUACGGCUGGUGUCAGCGAUAGCUUGAUGCACAAGUUGAUGGCCACCAAGCAGCGCCUCCUCGCGGGCAACGCUGAGGCGGCUCGUGCUGGUGCUGCUCGCGCUGAGCCUGGUGCUUGGUCAGCUGCCAAUGCAGAGAAGAGCACGAGGAAGAAGGGAGGUGAUGGAAAGGGGAAAGGAAAAGUGGGAAAGGGGAAGGAUGGAAAAGAGAGCCGCUACAAGCAACUCGUGCCCGUGGUCCGGGAGGAGUUGGUGGCUCUCAACCGGCAAAUCGCUUCCCACGCCCAGGCCAAGGAUUUGGCCGCGACCCGUGCCACGUUGGAAACGCUGGAGUCCAAGGGUUGGGCCAAUGGACAUACCUAUGCGGCUGCGGUUCAUGCGCUAUGUCGCUGUGGGGAUUGGCGUUCAGCUGAGGAAGCUUUGGCACGAGCAGAGAAAGCUGGCCUCUUCAAUCGUGGGGCUGGCGCUGCUUCUGGUUUGAUUACAAGAACGUCCAUGAUUCGCGGAUAUGUGGAAUGUGCGCGAGAUCUGGGCAAAGCCCGGGAGCUGUUGCAACGGAUGGAGAAGGAGAAGGUUUUGGCCUCAAGGCCCAACGUGAGAACUGCCAACACCUUUCUUCGUGGCUGUUUGAUCUUGGGCUCAGUCCAUGAUGCUGAAGCCUUACUGGAAAGGAUGACCACCGUUUGGGCAGCCCAAGAGGAGUGGUAUAAGACCCAUGGCGGAAAGCCGGAUGCUUCGACCUACGAGCUUGUGGUAUCACUGCUUUGCCAAGCCUUGCGGUACACAGAUGCCCGUCGGAUAGCUCUUCAAGGCAUCAAAGAAUUGGGCGCCAGUCCCGGCUCCGCCGCUAUGUUUGCUUCCAUCGCACGUGCUGCCAUCAUUUGCGGCAACGAAGAUGCGACUGCACUCAACUUGAAACGUGCGCGAAAGAUCCUUUCUGAGGAAGCAGACUUUUCUGAAGCAAAGCUCUCCAGCGUCGCAGGCAGUGGAGGCAAGCGAGGCACGCAGAAGUGGAACCGCGACGAGGAGCACGAUGCCUCGGUGGCGGAUCGGAAAGCUGCACGGGCCAAGAGCUUGGAGGUCUUUCAAAGCCACCGACAACGUGAAAUCCUUUCGGACCUCAAAGAGGUCGAGGAGUUCAUGGCUUCACACCAAGUGCCAUCAGAGAGCUCCAAGAAAAAACGGAAGGCAGAGGCGACAAAGAAUUCGCUCCGUUCUGGCAUUGAUUUGGGGAAGUUGUACGUGAGGACCUUGUGCUUUGAGGAUUACGGUGACACCGGCAAUGAGGAGAGCGACUCCUCAGCAAGCAAGAUGUGCCGGAGGCUUUGCCACAAAUUUGGGCUGGAGAGUGGGAGCUCCAUGGCGGAGAACGUCCUGCAACACUUUCAGUCCGUCUUCGAGCCGCCCAAGAAAAAGCGAAAGAAGGAUCACCAGGGGAAGCCAAACAAUGGCACUCAGAGGUUCGAUCCUCGCCGGCUCUUUUCGGGAAGCCGGAGCUCUGGAAGUCUGCAUUUGGAGAUCUGCAGCGGCUCAGGGGAAUGGCUCUCUUCACAGGCCCUUCGAGAUGCGAAUACCAAUUGGAUGGCCUGCGAGUUGCGCUUCGACCGCUCUGCGCGGUGUUUUCAACGCUUUGCCCUGCGAGGGUUGGCGGAGAACGUGGGUCUCAUCGUGGGAGAUGCGCAGAACGCCUUGGAGAACCAUUUGAAGAAAGGCUGUUGCUCCAAUAUCUUCAUCAAUCACCCGGAGCCACCUCAUCAGACGGAUUUGGAUCGAGCGACGGCGAGCCUCUCCGUCGACCCGACAGACCCGACGUCCUCGUCCUCGUCUGGCGAAGCGACUCAUCUUCUGACGCAGCGCUUUCUCCAAAAUGCUUGUGCUGCGGUUCUACAAGAGGAGGGAGUUCUCACCAUUUGCACCGACAGCCUGCCAUAUGGCGAGUGGCUAUUGAAUGCCUUUGCUUCGCAGCCUUUGAGCAAUCUCUUUCAAGAUGCUCUCAGAGGUAGGGCUGGAAAAGCUGGCCGGGUCUCGGGCCCCAAAUCUGGCAUCAGCCUGCGGAACGAAGCUCCACCAUUGGAGGUCUGUGGAGCAGUGUACCGCACCAAGGGUGGUGGCGCUGGGGGCGGAAGCUACUUCCAACGUUUGAAGGAAAGCGAGAAAGGCUCCAGAGAUGAUGCUGGAGCAGACGAAAGAUACUACCUUUGUCUCAAGAAGAAGAGCAGUCCGACUGGCGAAGCCUUGUGA